UAAUUUAUAAUACACACUUUUAUUAAAAGUUAUUACUAUCUGUAUAAGUAAGAUGAGAAUUGAGAUAUAUUGAUAAAUUUUAUGAAGUAAACAGAAAGUUAGAACUUAGAAGAUUUAAAAUUGCAAAACGAGUGGGAAUUAAUCCCUUAUGAGAAUAUAUACUUUUUUAGUCAGUUUUCGAAAACUUCAAAGUAUCUACAACAAUUAUUGUAAGUUUUAAUGAAAAAUUAUUUGAUAUACCUAGGUACAAUAUGGAUGAUAAUGAAGUAAGCUAUGAACCAAUGGAUGUUGACUUGAGUUCUAAUUCCAUAAGCGCAAUGGAGAUUUCAUAUGUGGAUCGAAAUUUUGGACAUUCACCGAUAAUCAUUAAAAAGGAAAAAGAUGAAGAUGGUAUUAUUGAUAAUGAAAAAUAUCUUAACAUAAAGCCUCUGACUAUUAAUAAUCUAAUUGAGAAUAACAAAUUAAUACUUAAAAGAAACAGUGCCUAUUCAAAACUUAUAUUUAAAUUGGUUAUAUGUGUAAUAGUGGUACUUUUUUCUGCUGUGACAUAUCAAAUAGUUUAUUUUAGAUGUAAUGAAAGUUUUAAUAUGGAUUUGCUUAGAAAUCGUUUUGUAAAUAAGGUACAUGGACAAUCUGCUGCAACAUCAUCAUUAUUAAAAGCAAUAGAAGGUGAAAUGGGAAACAAAAUUAUAAUAUUGUAUGGAGGUACAGGAGUUGGCAAGACAUAUACAGUGUCAUUACUAUUGGAUAACAUACUUAACUAUGGAAACACAUAUCAUUAUACAAUGCCAGGUUUUACACAAUCAUCAUUGGAUUUGAUGUUAGGUCUAAUAUAUUGCAAGUCAUCUGUAAUAGUUGUAGAUGAUUUAAAUAAAAAUGAUAUAUUAACCAUUGAAGAUCAUAUAAAAAAUUUGGUUAAUAAAAGCAUAAAGUACUCUAAAAGAUUAACUAUUAUACUGAUCUAUAAUUGUCAUUCCAUGGGUGACCGAUUUCAUCAAAGGUGUGAUGAUAAAUUUCUUCAUGAUUUAAAACAUAGUUUAGCAACUAUUGAAGCACAUAAAUAUUUUAUUAAAUUUGAAUCAUUGACUGAAGAACAUUUGAGAAAAUGUAUCGAAAGUGAACUGACUAAAAAAACACUUAGUGAAUCAGACAUUGUUGAAAUUAUGAAAAACUUUAAUGUUACACUUGAUGGUUGCAAAGGUGUCUACCAAAAGAUGAAAUAUUUAAGCAUAAUUUAAGUAUAAGGUAUGUAUUAGAUAAACCUAUAUUAAAGUUGUGAUUUGAUUAUA